CAAAAGUCAUUUGUUUACGUUCGUCUUGAUCAUUCUGCCCACAGAGUAAUUCUGCUAGUAUCUGGGUCGUGUUGAAGUUAUACUGGCUCUUUAAAUUAUCAAAAAAAUUUUUGUCAAGUUUCAUGUUAAACAGUCAUUAUAGUUUUGAAGAGAAAUAUGGCUUCAAAUGAUGUGGAAAAGCUAGAUGUUAAAACUCUUGACCAAGAAAGCAACAGUAAUCCAGAAUCUGAUUCAGAAGAUUCCUUGAAAAAUUUGAGUAAACAAGGAAUGAAAAGAAAAUCAUCUAAUUCUAUUGAAAAAACACUUAUUAAAAAAAACAAAUUAUGUAGCAGUAGCUCCGAUGAGGAUGCUGUAGCUGAUGUAGAUUCAAAUGUCCAUCUGGAAAAAGAAAAGCAAAUAGAAAUUUUAUUUUCAAGUGAGUCUGAAAAUGAAUCUCCAUCUAAGAGAAACCAUCACAGUAAAGAACAAUCAGAAAACCCUAAAAUAGUAACUACUUCUGAGAGUGAUGAUUCUGACAGUGAAAUAUUAGGAUCAAGGGAAAAAACAGUGCAAAGUGAUAAAGAUGAAAAUUGUUACAAUGUUGGUGAAGAAGAAAAUAAAUUUGGUCAAGAAGAAAAAUUAGAAAAAGUUUUUGUGGAGUCAGACAGCAAUGAUUCUGAUGAAGAAACCUUGGAUUUGAAGAAGGAAAAAAAUAAUAGUAACUUGAAUGAUAAACUGCUGCAUAGUGAUGAAAAUGAAAGUUCUUGCGAUGAUGUAGAAAAUAUCUCUUCUGUUACGAAAAAAAGGAAAGGUAGCAAGAAAGACAACAAACACAAAGGAAAGCCAGAAAUUUCCCUGGGGUCAGACAGCAAUGAUUCUGAUGAUGAAACCUUGGAGUUGAAGGUAAAAAGCAAGAGCAACUUUAAAGCAAAACUACUGCAAAGUGAUGAAGAUGAAAAUUCUUGUGAUAAUGUCGAAAAUAGCUCUUCAGUAAAGAAUCAAAAGAAAGAUCACAAGAAAGAAGCCAAACAGACAGAAAAGAAAAAACAAGUUUCUCUAAGCUCAGAAAAUGAUGAUUCUGUAAGCGAUAUGCAAGAAUUUAAGAAAAACAGUAAUCUGGAGCAAAGUGAUGAAGAUGGAAAUUCUUGCGAUGAUGUAGAAGAUAGUGCUGCAAGGAAUAAUAUAGACAAAAUUAACAGCACAGAAAUGAGAUCUAAAGAAAUAUCUGAAAAAAAACAAUUGAGCUCAGACAGGAGUGAUUCUGAUGAAGAGGCCUUGGAUUUAAAGAAGGGCAAAAGCAAGAAGAGUAACUUUAAAGCUAAACUACUGCAAAGUGAUGAAGAUGAAAGCUCUUGUGAUGAUGUAGAAGUUAGCUCUUCUGUAAAGAAAAAAAGGAAAGAUAACAAGAAAGAAAACAAACCCCUACAAAAGCCAGAAGUUUCCCUGGGGUCAGACAACUAUAAUUCUGAUGAUGAAACAUUAGAUUUGAAAAAGAAAAAAAGUAAGAAGAGUAACUUAAAAACUAAACUACUGAAAAGUGAUGAAGAUGAAAAUUCUGGUGAUGAUUUAGAAGAUAGCUCUCCUGUCAAGAAAAAAAGGAAAGAUAACAAGAAAGAAAACAAACCCACAAAAAAGCCAGAAAUUUCCCUGGAGUCAGACAGCAAUGAUUCUGAUGAUGAAACGUUAGGUUUAAGAAAAGAAAAAAGUAAAAAGAGUAACUUAGAAACUAAACUACUGAAAAGUGAUGAAGAUGAAAAUUCUGGUGAUGAUGCAGAAGAUAGCUCUCCUGUCAAGAAAAAAAGGAAAGAUAACAAGAAAGAAAACAAAUCCAUAAAAAAGCAAGAA